AGGGAACCUGAAAGACAAAAUGUGUGUGGGGCUGGGCCCAGACUUGCUGCUCAGCCCCAUCCUCACCAGCCCACACUCAGUUGUUCUGGGAGGAGCCUCAGCCACUCCUCUGCUGGCUGGUGACUCCUCAUUCCCAUCCCCGUGGUUUUGCUUCAUCUUGUACCUUGGACAUCCCAGGAGAACCAGAUUUUUUCACUGAGUGUCAUGAGCAAGGACUUCCGCUUCCAAGGUGGUGGGGCCGGGUUCAAGGGGUGUGGAUAACAGGCUCAGCUUUUGUGUUCACCACCCAGCAGGAAGAUUACCUGCAAGUUAGCCCUGCCCGUAUGGGAUUGGCACUAGGUGGGCUCUAACCUUCAGCCUUUGCCAGCUGUGGGCUUGGCUGUAGCAAGCAGGAGCCAUGAAAGCUCCUAAAGUUCCUUCCUGCCUUCUCCCAAGGAGAAUCCGAAGUGUUUUCUGAAAUCCAACUAGGCCUGUGGGCCGAAGCAAGGGUCUUGGCGCUCUUCUUUCUCUUUAGUUGACGCGGGCUAGGGAAAACAGUAUACCAACAACAGCUUUGUGUGCACCAGAGCAACCAAGCCCUCCACGCAGGGCCCCUUUUAGAGCGGUUGCUGCCCUCGGGGGGCCCCACCCUGGUAUGUGCCUCUCCCCACCUCUUCGCCUGCAACUAAAAGCUUGCCAGCAGAGAGGGUAGGCCAAGGAAGGCAGUGCGAAUGGUGGGUGGGAGCCUCGGGGCCAAGAUAGGGUGAGGGGAGGCGGCUAGACUGGAAUUUGGGUGACCAGGCAGGCAAGAGCACGUGGGAGAGUUGUGACCCCAGCACUGACCAGAGACCCUGGAGUCCUCACCCCUAGGUUGGGGGCGGAACCUGCUGAGCCGGGCCGCCCCCUCUCCCACGCCCACUCGGCACCUGGAGCCCGACCUAUCGGCUUGUGGCUCCGCCUCCUUUGCUUCGCAUUCUCGCAGCUCGUCCCACCCUACACGGGGUCAGUACUCGGCUGCCAGCGGGACCGCACUACCCUCCCUGCCCGGCUCUGAAAGGCGCCCCGGAGGCCAUGGAGGUGCUGGUCCUGGCCAGAUACCGCGCGCAGAAGGAGGACGAGCUGAGUCUGGCGCCCGGGGACGUGGUCCGGCAGGUGUGCGAGGGGCCCGCACGCGGCUGGCUGCGCGGAGAGCCGGGGGGCCGUUGUGGCCUCUUCCCCGAGCGCCUGGUGCAGGAGAUCCCGGAGACUCUGCGCGGCGCCGGGGAGACGCUGAGACCGCGCUGUGCGCGCCGCCGAGGUCGCCCCGCCAGAUCUCGGGGCCCCCAAAUAUGGUGCAAAGUGAACUUCAGCUACAGCCCGGAGCAGGCGGACGAGCUGAAGCUGCAAGUUGGGGAGAUUGUGGAAGUCGUAAAGGAGAUUGAGGACGGCUGGUGGCUGGGGAAGAAGAACGGGCAGCUGGGAGCCUUCCCAUCCAACUUUGUGGAGUUGCUGGACAGUGGGCCCCCAAGCCUUGGUAACCCAGACAUGCCUUCAAUCAGCCCUGGUCCUCAGCGGCCUCCCAAGCUGAGCAGCCUGACCUAUGACAGCCCUCCAGACUACCUGCGGACAGUCUCCCGCCCUGAGACCUACAGGGUCCUGUUUGACUACCAGCCGGAGGCCCCAGAUGAGCUGGCGCUGCGGAGCGGGGACGAGGUGAAAGUACUGAGAAAGACCACGGAGGAUAAGGGCUGGUGGGAAGGAGAGUCUCAAGGCAGAAGAGGAGUUUUCCCAGACAACUUUGUGCUCCCACCACCCCCAAUCAAGAAGCUGGCCCCACGGAAAGUGGUAUCUCAGGAAUCAGCUCCUAUUAAGGAACCAAAAAAGAUGGUGCCCAAAACAGCCCUCCCUAUAGUCAAGAAGCUGGUGACAGCCCCCACUGGGCCCAGCAAAGCCAAGCCAUCUUGGACACCCAGCAGGGACAGUCAGAAGCGCCCCUCUCGAGACAAUGGCUCCAGUGGCAGCUUCCUCAGUGGGGGUCCAGGCCACCCUGGCAGAAAGCGAUCCAAAACCCAGACUUCCCGGCAACACUCCACAACCAGUCAGGAGGAAGAGCAGAGCAGCCUAGCAAAGGCCCCUCAUGUGAAUAAAACCCCCACUCUGGACAAGACCCCCACGCCAAAGACCCCAUCUCCACAUGAGGCCCCCAGCCCAGAGAAGACUCGGUCUCCAGAUAAGACCCCCACUCCAGAGGAAACCCUGACUCCAGACAAGACCCCCACCCCAGAGGAGAUCCCGUCUCUGGAUAAGGCCCCCAGCCCAGAGAAGACCCCAUCUCCAGAUAAGAAACCCACUCCAGAGGAAACCCUGACUCCAGACAAGGUCCCUAUCCUAGAGGAGACUCCAACUCUGGAGGACAAGGCCCCCAGCCCAGAAAGGGUCUUUUCUGUGGAUGAGGCCCUUGCCCCAGAAGUCCUACCUGAAGAUGAAGCCCCCAGCCCAAAGAUGGCCCCUCCUGGGGACGAGGCCCCCACCCUAGAAAAGUUCUUGACCCCAGAGCAGGUGCUCUCUGAAGAGGCGUCCACCCGACACAACACUCAGUUCCAUCACUUCUCUCCGGAGGAAGCCGUGCCAAAGGUCAAGUUUCUUGUGGCCAGAGAGGCUCAAUCCCAAGAGGAGGUCUAUAUGCCAGAGGAGCCCCCCCUCUGUAUGAAGAAACACGCCCUGGAUAAGAAGGAUAGCUCCCCACUCCAGUGUGAGUCCAUGCCAGGGUCCAUGCCUGCCCUUGAGAAGGCCCACCCCCAGGAAGAGGCUACCACCCACCUCGAGGAGGCACCUGCGAAGGAAGAGACUAUCCUGAAAGAGGAGGCGCCCCCCAAAGAGGCAGCCAGUGCUGAAAAGAAUCCACAUCCUAUCAAGACAACUCCAGAUCCCCAAGGGACUCCCACCUUCCAUUCCCUGGUCCCGCAAAAUCCUACGGACAACAAAAGUGACAGGGACGACGUAAUGAGGCUACAGGACGAGGUGGCAUCUUUAAGAAGGUCGCUGGAGACGAUGGGGGUGCAGCUGGAAAGGAAGCUGACCGACAUCUGGGAGGAGCUGAAGAGCGAGAGGGAGAAGCGCCAGUUGCUGGAGGUUCAGAUGAAGCGGAGGACCCGUGAGUCCGGGACCCGGGGCGCCAUCCACGCGCAGACGCAGACGCUCUGAGGGUGGGCCCGGGAGGGACUACGGCGGGACUGGGAGGGAAGUCUGGCUCCGGCCACCCACGGCCUUGCACACCACUUUGGGAAAUGCAAGAAAGUAAACUCGGCUGUGGACGCGCGCGGCGCCUGCCUGGUCCGUGCGGGGGCGGGGCCUGCGCGG